AUGAAAUCAACAACUAGUUUGAUAUUUGUAUUAUACUUUUUAAUUGUAAUCAUAUCAUUAUUGCAAUUGAGAGACUCUAGUGGUAGUAGUAGUAGUACAGGAAUAGCUUAUGCACAAAUACCACUUAACGAGUUAAACUCUGCUAUUUUUAUAAUUCAAGCUUUUGGAUCUACCGUUCCACAAAAUGAAACUGGUAUUUGUUCAACUGUGUCACCUGUUCAGUUUGUUUGUUCAGUACCGAAUGGAGGAGAAAGACAUAUUGAACAAAUUAAUUUGGUUGUAAAUGCAUUGAAUUCGAAUUUGCAAUCUCCAGACUUUAAUACUGUUCUGGAUUUCCCAGAAUUGACAGAGUUGAAGUUGGACAUACCAUCGGCAGAUGCCGGCUCACCCGAUAUAAACAUUUUAAAUUAUACAAAGAAUCUACCUAAAUUAGUUCGAUUAGAGGUCGUGAACAGUAUUAAUCUGAGAAAAAUACCACCUGAAUUCCCAUUAGGUUUACCUUCUUUAACUACAUUUAAUAUAUUUAAUGGAAAUAAUAUUAAAGAAAUUCCUUCAAAUUUUUUCAAUGGAUCAAAUCUUGAAACAAUCUCAAUUAAAGGCGCUAAUAUUGCAUUGAUGCAAUUGGAUCCAGAAUUAUAUCAAUUGUAUCUACCCAAGUUGAAAUCAAUCGAUUUUGAUAUAACUACACAGUAUGAUCAGACUUGGACAUUCGACGCAAACGCAUUCCCUUCUCUUACAUCGGUUGCAUUUCAAUCGAUGACCACUAUUUACAAUGAAACGAUCCAUGUCACAUUUAAUAAUGGCAUUAAAACAGUUUCAUUGGCUUGCGAAAAAGGUCAAAUCAUCCCAUUCUUUAAGUAUCCCGCCAAUUUACAAACUUUAAAAUUACAUGGUCCCUACAAUUAUUUCUAUAAUCCUCCCAAUGAUGGUUCAAAUUAUCCAAAUUUAAAUUCAUUAACUGUACAAUUUUCAGGGUUAUCUGAAUUUCCAUUUCAAACAGUUCCACAAUCAAUUAACAAUUUAGUAUUACAAGUUAAUAGUAUAACUGGAACUAUACCAACUAAUUUCAUAUCACCUAGUUCUUAUGGGUUGGCUUUGAAUUUAUUCACAAAUAAUGGUAUUUCUGGAACACUUUCACAAACCUAUUGUUACCUCCGAGAACUUCAUAUUUCAAAUACCAAUAUAACAAGUAUUCCCAAUUGUUGGUGGUGUUAUUCUCCUUCAUCAAGCAUCUUUUCAACUCAAUUAACAGAUCCAGGAGGUGAUGUGUGUUAUAAAUUAUUCUCUAAACAAGGAGCGUAUUUCAUAGAUGGAGAAAAUAUAGGAUGGGGUGAUAUCAAUCAAGGAUUACAACAAGUCAUACCAAACAAAAGACUUUCUUCAGUAUUUGAUCCAGAAGUUGAUGGAUUGGUUGUAUACAAAACAUUUACAUUUGCAUCAACGACUAAAACAUUUCAAAUCAAUGAACGUGCAUUUAAAACUUUUGUUAUCAGUGUAGUGAAUCAAAAUGCUUAUUCUGCCAAUAUUUCAGUCACCUUUUCGUACAUCUACUCUGAUUUCAUGCCAACUGUAUCUUUUGGAGGUGUAUCUUGUUUGUUUUCAAAUUACAAUUCUACUUUUAAAACUGCCUACUAUAUUUUAACUGAAUUACCAGUAGUACAAGCAUCCAAAGAAUUACUCUUGGUGUCGCCUUAUUUUUCAUAUUCAACAAAUUUUGCAUUUUUUAGAAAAACAAGUAUACAAACAGUUUCUUUGGAUCCACCAGUAUACCCUCCAACACAUUUAAUUUUAAAUGGAUAUUUUGCAGAUUCAUCGGCACAAGUUUGGGUUGGUAAUACUACAAUGACUACUUGUACAGUUGAUACAUCUGUUUCCAAUGCAACCUAUAUCAAGUGUGCAUUUACAGUUGUUCCACAACCAGGUACAACAAAUAUACAGAUUGACACAUUUUUUGGAACAUCUAUCCUCUCUGUCCCAUACCCACUACCAACUCAAGACAAUUGUAUGACUAGAACAAAUAAUUGUAAUGGACAUGGUACAUGUGUAGAUGGUAUUUGUAAAUGUGAUGAUGGUUGGUAUGAUGAUUGUAAAUUACAAUCUAAUCCUGAUCCAAAUAUUAUUUUUACACCAAAUCAAACUGAUCCAACUCCAACAUUUUCAUACAAUGAUUAUGUAUUUUCAUUUAGUAUGAUUGCUAUUCAAGAGAUUGAUAUUGAUGAUACGAUCAUAGACAGUAUUGAAACGGUCAAUUGGAAUGUAACCAACCAAUCAACCAAUGAUCUAUCGUCAAUGGUGUAUCAAUUGACUACUCAUCAGAUCAACUCGACACUGUCACCCAUCUACUCGAACCUAAAUGUAACGUCGACGGUUGAGUUCUCCAACCAAUCGAGAUCUAUUGAAUUUGGAGGCACUCUUAUCCAGCUAGCAGGUGGAUCGAUCAAGAUUGGUGUCAAUGUGACCAACUGGCCAUUCCAAACACUCACCUCAACGCUUCGAAUCAUAUUUGCAACCAAGACUAAUAAUGAUCAACUAGUAACAGACUGUGAUGGCAAUGUCAAUACAAUUGAAUCAUUCCAAAACUUUGCCAAUGCCGAUUCGAUCCAAUACCUUCGUGUCACCAAAGGCAGUGUACAAUUCUUUGGUCGAUUCCUAGACUAUGCAGUGUCUGAUGGAAGAAAGACUUACUCAAAGACAGAGUUACUUAAUCUCACAAAAAUCGAUGACCAAGAAUCAUUGGCAACCAUUGCCAUUGGUAUGCCACAAUGUCAAACAUGUCUACUCGAUCCUGACUUUAGUGCAUUGCUCAUUCGUAGCAACACCUUUGGUAAUUGUCAAGAUGAUUCAACUAGUCGUUCAAAUUGGAAGAUUAUAGUUGGUGUAGUAGUCGGUGUUGUUGGUGCCAUAUGUAUCUCCAUCGUCCUCAUUUCCAUCAUUAAAAAGAAUCGUUUCUAUUUCAUCUUGAAAGGACAACGACCAGGUGGUGGUACAAAUGGUGGUGGUUCAAGUAGUAAAGGUGGUAGUUCUAGAAGUGUAAGAUUAAAUUCAAUGAGAGAUUAA